CAUAUUUUGUCAAUUGUCAAACUAGCUGUCGCAAAUCUUGAAGAAUCUGGAAAAAUAACCUUAUUUUCUCUCAUAUAUAAUAAUUUUAAAUGAAACCUCGCAGCUAAAACUCGUUCAUCCCAUAUAGUGCACGCAAAAUGCAUACCGCCAGUGUGAUACUGCGGAACUCUAUCCUCAAGCAAAAGUUAAACUCGACGCGACUUAUUCAUAAUGUUACCAAAGUUGCAUCACGUAAACCGGUGCAAAGGUUGUCGCACAGCUUGUCCAGCUCGAGAUACGCUAGGAUAUGUAGUUAUAGUGAACAUUUCGGGGCUGCAGUGUCACAGUCUGGACCUGUAAGAUUUUUCACUAGUGGGAAUAAAGGUGACCCGCCCGAAGAGGAUCCCGAGAUUAAGGACGAGACUCCGUUGUUCAGCAGCCAGCUGCCGGCCACAGUGGCAGUGCCGGAGGUGUGGCCGCAAGUGCCUGUCAUUGCCAUCAACAGAAACCCAGUGUUUCCUAGAUUCAUCAAAUUAAUAGAGAUAUCAAACCCAGCUUUAAUAGAUCUGAUAAGACGUAAAGUGAAACUUAACCAACCUUAUGUUGGCAUAUUCUUACGUAAAAAAGAAGAUGAGAAGUCGGAUGUUGUAUCAAGCCUGGAUGAUGUGCAUGAGGUUGGAGUGUUCGCACAGAUCCAUGAAAUGCAGGACAUGGACUUCAAGCUGCGACUGGUGGUUAUGGCGCACCGCAGAAUAAAGAUUACGGGGCAAUUUGUUGAGGAUGAGAUUGAGACUGGACCUGCUGAAAUGAAGUUGAAGUUUCCACUAUUUAACAUGGAAAUUGACGUUGCCCGCGAAGAGACUGACGCGGAACGGCGCCGGCGCAAGUACCGGAACACGAGGCGACGCGACGCACCUGCAGAGGAAGACAAGGAGGCGAAGAAACCUCCCCCAGACCAGGUGCUGAUGGCCAAGGUUGAGAACAUGGUGCAUGACAAGUUCACACAGACGGAAGAAGUGAAGGCGUUGACACAGGAAGUCAUUAAGACCAUACGGGAUAUUAUUAAUUUAAAUCCUUUGUAUAGAGAGUCCCUGCACCACAUGCUGGCGCAGGGGCAACGCGUGGUGGACAACCCGGUGUACCUGAGCGACCUGGGGGCAGCGCUCACCGGCGCCGAGCCUGCCGAGUUGCAGGCUAUACUUGAGGAGAUGGAUAUUCCGAAAAGACUGAUGAUGUCUCUUUCGCUGCUGAAGAAAGAGUACGAACUAUCGAAACUGCAGCAGAAGAUUGGCAAGGAAGUGGAGGAGAAAGUGAAACAACAGCACAGGAAAUAUAUACUUCACGAACAACUAAAGGUGAUAAAAAAAGAGCUAGGUCUAGAGAAGGACGAUAAGGACGCGAUAGGCGAGAAGUUCAGGGAGCGGCUGGCUGACAAGACGGUGCCCGCGCCCGUGCAGACCGUCAUUGAUGAGGAACUCAACAAGCUCAACUUCCUAGAGAGCCACAGUUCAGAGUUUAAUGUAACCCGCUGCUACCUCGACUGGCUAACCUCACUGCCAUGGGGCGUCACCUCUGAAGAGAACCUGAAGCUGGAAGACGCUCAGGUGAUCCUCGACGAAGACCACUACGGCAUGGAGGAUAUCAAGAAACGGAUACUGGAGUUCAUAGCGGUAUCCCAGCUGAAGGGCACCACGCAGGGCAAGAUCCUCUGCUUCCACGGACCGCCGGGAGUGGGGAAGACUAGUAUAGCUCGUUCGAUCGCCCGCGCACUCAACCGUCAGUACUUCCGGUUCUCCGUGGGUGGUAUGACGGACGUGGCGGAGAUCAAAGGGCAUCGGCGGACGUACGUCGGCGCCAUGCCGGGCAAGCUGGUCCAGUGCCUGAAGAAGACCAACACGGAGAACCCACUGGUGCUCAUUGAUGAGGUCGAUAAGAUCGGCAAAGGCGUGCACGGCGACCCGGCAUCAGCUCUGCUAGAAUUGCUUGACCCUGAACAGAACGCGAACUUCCUGGACCACUACCUGGACGUGCCCGUGGACUUGUCCAAGGUGUUGUUCAUCUGCACCGCUAACGUGGUGGAACAGAUCCCGGAGCCGCUGCGGGAUAGGAUGGAGCUCAUUGAUAUGUCAGGGUACGUGGCGGAAGAGAAGCUGGCCAUUGCGCAGCAGUACCUGGUGCCAGUAGCUCGCAAGAACUGCGGCCUCAGCGACCAGCAGCUGGACCUCACGCCAGACUCGCUGCACACACUCAUCAGAUCCUACUGCCGCGAGAGUGGCGUCAGGAACCUGCAGAAACACAUCGAGAAGAUAGCGCGUAAAGUGGCGUACAAGAUCGUGAAGGGCGAGGCUGAGAACCUGGUGGUGACGGACGCGAACCUCUCCUCGCUGGUGGGCAAGCCGACGUUCAAACACGACCGCAUGUACGCCGUCACGCCGCCAGGAGUUGUCAUGGGACUCGCUUGGACUGCUAUGGGUGGCAGCACGUUGUACAUCGAGUCAGCGCUGCGCAACCGCCCCGUGGAGGAGAAGCCGUCCGGGGGCUCGCUGGAGCUGACGGGCCACCUCGGCGACGUCAUGAAGGAGUCCGCCAGGAUCGCGCUUACAGUCGCCAGGAACUACGUGGCGGAACACUUCCCCACCAAUACCUUCCUUAACACCAGCCACAUCCACGUGCACGUGCCGGAGGGCGCGACGCCCAAGGACGGUCCGUCCGCGGGCUGCACCAUGGCCACGGCGCUGGUGUCGCUGGCGCUGCGCCGCCGCGUGAGGCCCGACCUGGCCAUGACCGGCGAGAUCUCGCUCACGGGACAGGUGCUGCCCGUGGGCGGCAUCAAGGAGAAGAUUAUUGCGGCGAAACGAGUAGGGAUAACGUGCGUGAUCCUCCCUGAGGAGAACAGAAGGGACUACGACGACCUGCCUUCGUUCAUCAAGGAGGACAUGGACAUACACUUCGUGAACACGUACGACGACGUAUUCAAAGUGGCAUUCGACCAGGAACAGAUGGCCGAGGUGCAAGACGUGGUGGGCGUCGAGUUCAUGUGAAGGAGCGCUGCUUCAGUGAGACAGUUCUGUUGUUUAGAGGUUUAUUUUAAUAAAUAUGUUGAAUGUA